UCUCUCAGGUACUUGUGUUGUGUCUCAUCGCCCUGUGAGCCUGCGAAACCGAAUGGUGGCGCUAAGCAAUAAGCACUGCCCCCAAUGGUCUACUCAGCCGCAGGCAGCCAGCAGAUCUCCCAAAGUUCGAGGUCGAAUCUGACGGUAAGAGCUUUGGUUCGCCUGAGCUUUCACAUGCACCUUACUUAAAACCAGUCGUCAUCCCUCGUUUCCGCUGCAUGAAGUGUUUAUGAAGAUUAAUCUAUCCGUCAACUCCCAUUGCGACCUCACAGUUCACGAUAGAAAACGGGAUAAGAAGACCCAAUAAAACCCCCCACGAGAAAAGACACGAAAUACGCACCAUGGCUGCCCCAGCAGUUCACAGCCUGCCCCAGGCCGGAAACUCGGUCGGCAUCUUCCCGCAAUUGACGGCACGCCAGAGCGAGACCCUCGUGCUCAAAGAAAAAAUCCUCUCCAUCACCGGCGACAGCUUCGAUAUCAAGCUCGCAAAUGGCCAACCGAUCCUCCGUGUGCAGGGCAAGGCGCUGUCCAUCUCGGGCCGCAAAGCAGUCUACGACAUGUCGGGGAACCAUCUCUUUGAUAUCGUAAAGGAGCACCUGCACCUCCACACUACGUUCGCGGCGCAGGAUCCCAAGGGCAACAAGAUUAUGGAGGUCAAGAAUAGCUUUGCGCUCAUUGGCUCAAAAGCUACUGCGACAUUCGUUUCGCCGCAGACAGGGAAGACGGAAUCGCUCGAGAUGAAGGGCAAUUGGCUGUCGACACAGGCCGAUAUUGUUGACACGAAUACCGGCCAGGUGCUGGGGCGGAUUGACAGAAACAUGCUCCGGGCGCGCGACUUCUUCGGCGGCAAGCAGACGUACGCGCUCACGGUGGCACCGGGGGUCGAUAUGGCGCUCAUGUGUGCCCUGUGCAUCUGUCUGGACGAGAAGAAGAAUGACAAUAAGGGUUAACGGAGAGGCGUGGAGAGGGAAGCACUUUUCUUGUGCCCUUUAUGAUUAAUGCGUUUUUUUAAAGUCAUUGCGAUUGAUACCUAGUUGAAGAGAGUCUGACAUGUUCUGAAAAUCAAGUACUUCUUUCCUAUGGUCGCCAUCCUUGCAGCAAGAAUAUGUCACAGCUUCGACAGACCCCGG